ACACACACACACACACACACACACACACACACACACCACCCAUAACGGCGAGAGGCUGAGGGAUGGGGGAUCGUGUCGUGCAGCAGGAGACAGCGGUGGUGCUGCCACCGGCAACUGCCACGCCAACACCAGCAACGGCGGCACCAGCGACGGGAACACCAAUGGCAAGCACAUCCAUGGCGUCAGCAGUGGCACCCGCUUCAACAGGCACGACGCCAACAAGCGCCGCUUCCUCCUCAACGAGCGGAACAGCAGCGCCAACGGCUACCGCUGUGCCAACACCUGCACCGCCAGCACAACCAGUGGCACCUGCCACGACAGCAACGGUAACGGCAGCAACCGGUAGCAGCGGUCACGACCAGCCCCUGCCGAAGAGGCCGCGCCGCUCUGCGUCUGUGGCGCGGGACGUGGAGCAACUGGAGAGCGAGCUCAAGGAGCUCAAGGAUAUGCGGGGACGAAGUGCUCUGACAGAACGCGAACUGAUGAACAUCGUGCACGUGUACUUACAGCUGAAAGUGGAACAAGCAGCACAGCGGCAAGCCGGUGUCAAGCUGGAAUCUGCAGCCAACAUCCAGCAGCGCGUUGCAGACCUCCUCGGAUACGGUGUGGCAACAGUUGGACACGCGUACGCUCGCUGGAACAGCCGGCAUGAGCAGAAGGGCCAAGACCAGGCAAAACCAGGCGACACGGGAGCUCAGGCAAAGACGGAUGCAGGCCCAUUCAAAGUAACCAACUUGCGAGGCAAGAAGACAAAGCUCAAGACGCGCGUGCCGGCCACCGACGACGUGCGCAAGCUCGUCCGCGACUAUGUGCAGCAGCAGCACAGGGAGACCAACAACGUGACGGCUGCGCACGUGCUCGUGCUGCUGCGCCGCCAUGACUUGGUGAAGGUGGACAAGACGGACGAUGGGGCCGACGAUCCCAAAGACUACAAGGCCGCCCUCCGCGCCACCCAGCGGUUUCUUGUUCGCGAAGGAUACCUGCGGGGCCCAAAGCAGACGUUGAUGGACGUGCCUGGGCAGGGCGGUACGGCAACAACACCGCGGGCCGCCGUGGCAGCAUCCGCCUCAACAACAGAUACAAUCACAGCUGCAACAGCACCGACUGCAGCAACAACUACAACGCCAGCAGGCUCAACAGGCACUGUGACAAGCCCCACGGCUACAGUAGCCACGACAGUAGCGCCAACAACGUCGAGUGCAACCGCCACAACAACCGCCAACACCUCAACAGCCCCAACAUCUUCGAGUGCAACGGCCCCAACAACAGCCACGCCAGCAGCCACGCCACUCAUCGCCCUGACAGUGCCCUGUACCGUCACGUCCCAGGCUACAACGUCAACAGCAGCGUCUGCGACGGCCCUGGCUGCCGCUACCAAAGCAACACCGUCAGCACCGUCAGCAGAGACACCUGUGCCGGCCUCCACAGCAGCGAGCGUGUCGGGUGGGGCAGAAGUGGAGGCACUGCAGCUGCCGCAGGGACCAUUCUGGAUGCCACACACAAUCCACCAGCAGCACCAGCAACACCAACAGCAGCAACACCAACAGCAACAGCAGCAACACCAACAGCACCAGCACCAGCAGCACCAGCAGCAACACCAACAGCACCAGCACCAGCAGCACCAGCAAAACCAACAGCACCAGCAGCACCAGCAUCCCCAGUCACAUCCCACAGGCAUGUCGGGUAACGUCCCCAUGGCUACUGCAGCUGGCGAUUCUCGGGAGAACCAGACCACAAGCGGUUCCAACAGUGCCAGCAACGGUGGCCAUGAACACAGCAGCGGCGAUGCCGACCCAGCAGCUGCUACAGGUGACAGCCACGUCUAACACCACCAGCAGCACUACCACGCUGCAAACAGCCACCUCACCCAAAGCUACACAUCCCCGGCACACACACACCGUCCCUACUCCGUCGCACUUUUUGUCUGUUCGUUUAUUCCUUUCAUUGUGUUUGUUUUUUCCUUGCAGUAAAAGAAUGGCAUGA